AUGAUCUCCUCAAGGCUCGCGCGCAUGGGUGCGCUGGCCCCUAAGUCCCGUGCUUUCUUCGGAAACCGGGGCAUGGCCACCGUCACUGACAGCCCUCUCGACAAGAAGGUCGAGAUGACCCAUUGGGAGAAGGGUAACUACAUCAACUACAAGAAGAUGUCAGAGAACCUUGACAUUGUCCGCCAGCGCCUGAGCCGUCCUCUCACCUAUGCUGAGAAGAUCCUGUACUCUCACCUUGACGACCCUCACGGCCAGGACAUCGAGCGUGGCAAGUCGUACCUGAAAAUGCGCCCCGACCGUGUUGCUUGCCAGGAUGCCACUGCUCAGAUGGCCAUCCUUCAGUUCAUGUCGGCUGGUAUGCCGUCCGUCGCCACUCCCACCACCGUCCACUGUGACCACUUGAUCGAGGCCCAGGUUGGUGGUGACCAGGAUCUUGCGCGUGCCAAUGAUAUCAACAAGGAAGUCUACGACUUCCUUUCCACUGCUACCGGCAAGUACAACAUUGGUUUCUGGAAGCCCGGCUCCGGUAUCAUUCACCAAAUUGUCCUGGAGAAUUACGCUUUCCCGGGUGGUCUGAUGAUCGGUACCGACUCUCAUACCCCUAACGCCGGUGGUCUCGCCAUGUCUGCCAUUGGUGUCGGUGGUGCUGAUGCUGUCGACGUCAUGGCUGGUCUUCCUUGGGAGUUGAAGGCUCCUAAGGUCAUUGGUGUCCGCCUGACCGGUCAGAUGUCCGGCUGGACUGCUCCUAAGGACAUUAUCCUUAAGGUUGCUGGUCUCCUUACCGUCAAGGGUGGUACUGGUGCCAUCAUUGAGUACCACGGUCCUGGUGUCGACUCUCUGUCUUGCACUGGUAUGGGUACCAUCUGUAACAUGGGUGCCGAAAUUGGUGCCACCACCUCGCUCUUCCCCUACAACGACCGCAUGUACGACUACCUCAAGGCCACCAAGCGUCAGAACAUUGCCGACUUCGCCCGGAGCUACGGCAAGGAGCUCCGCGAGGACGAGGGUGCUGAGUACGACCAGCUGAUUGAGAUCAACCUCUCCGAGCUCGAGCCUCACAUCAACGGCCCCUUCACUCCUGACCUUGCUACCCCCAUCUCCAAGUUUAAGGAGGCUGUUGACACCAACAAGUGGCCUGAGGACCUCAAGGUUGGUCUGAUUGGUUCUUGCACCAACUCCUCGUAUGAGGACAUGUCCCGUGCCGCCUCCAUUGCGCGUGACGCUCUUGACCACGGUAUCAAGUCCAAGUCUCUCUUCACUGUCACCCCUGGUUCUGAGCAGAUCCGCGCCACCAUUGAGCGUGACGGUCAGCUUCAGACCCUUGAGGAGUUCGGUGGUGUCAUCCUUGCCAACGCUUGCGGUCCCUGCAUUGGCCAGUGGGACCGUAAGGAUGUGAAGAAGGGCGAGCCCAACUCCAUCAUCUCUUCCUACAACCGUAACUUCACCGGUCGUAAUGACGCUAACCCCGCCACCCACGCCUUCGUUACCUCCCCUGACCUUGUCGUUGCCAUGACCAUUGCCGGUACCCUCAAGUUCAACCCUCUUACCGACACCCUCAAGGACAAGGACGGCAAGGAGUUCAUGCUCAAGGCUCCCUCUGGUGAGGGUCUCCCUGCCCAGGGCUACGACCCCGGCCGUGACACCUACCAGGCUCCCCCCGCGGACCGUGAGUCCAUCAGCGUCGCUGUCUCUCCCGAGAGUGACCGUCUCCAGCUCCUGGCCGGAUUCAAGGCCUGGGAUGGCAAGGAUGCCACCAACCUCCCCAUCCUUAUCAAGUGUGAGGGCAAGACCACUACCGACCACAUCUCCAUGGCCGGUCCUUGGUUGAAGUACCGUGGUCACCUUGACAACAUCUCCAACAACAUGUUGAUCGGUGCCGUCAACGCCGAGAACGGUGAGGCCAACAAGGUCAAGAACGCCUUCACUGGCGACUACGAUGCUGUCCCUGCUACUGCUCGUGAUUACAAGGCUCGGGGUGUCAAGUGGGUUGUCAUUGGUGACUGGAACUACGGUGAGGGUAGCUCUCGUGAGCACGCUGCCCUUGAGCCUCGUCACCUUGGUGGUCUUGCUAUCAUUACUCGCAGCUUCGCCCGUAUCCACGAAACCAACUUGAAGAAGCAGGGUAUGCUUCCUCUCACCUUCUCUGACCCCGCCGACUACGACAAGAUCCAGCCCACCGACACUGUCGAUCUCCUCUGCACUGAGCUCGAGGUUGGCAAGCCUAUGACCCUCCGUGUCCACCCCAAGGACGGUGCCACCUACGACAUCAAGCUCAGCCACACUUUCAACGAGUCCCAGAUCGAGUGGUUCCACGAUGGCUCUGCUCUCAACACCAUGGCUCGCAAGUCUGCCAGCUAA